AUGGGCUACCUGAAAGGAUUUACGGGAGUUCAAAAGAAAAUUACCAGAGACGGGCAGCCCGCCAAAAGGAGGGGCCCCAAGCCCGAUAGUAAACCAGCUCAGACACGUAGACAAGAGCUAAACCGUCAAGCGCAAAGAACGCAUCGUGAGCGUAAAGAGAACUACAUCAAGGCUCUUGAGGUGGAAUUGGCACGGCUGCGAGAAUCAUAUGUUCUCGAACAGAACGGCCGUGAUGCAACUAUCCAGCAACAAAAGCUCGUAUUGGAAAGCCAGCAGCGAGAAAUCUUAGCGCUGAGGGAGAUUCUAGCGUCCAGAGGCAUUCAAUUUGAGAAUGAGCUUGAGAACCGCAAGGCGGUCAUUGGGAUGCGUCCAAAGCGAGAAGAAUCCUCCAUGACUCCGCCAUCCAUGAGCACACUAAGCCCACCGUCGGCGGGAGCACGCUCACUGGGAUACCAGUCCGUGGCCCCUGGGGCGAGUUCGGCUACAACAGGAUACUCACCACAAACUUAUCUCAACGGCGGAGCGGCGAGUCUUUCUGGACAUUCUCCUGGUGCUACUCAUUACAGCCACUCUCCGCAAGGGCCUGACAUCCAAGAAUAUGGAAUCAAACAGGAACCUGGCGUUGUACCAGAUUUACCUGGCAUCUUCGAAAAGGAGCCUCAGCUUGGAAUCGAUUUUAUCCUCCGGCUAGAGCAAACCUGUCGAGACCAUGAAGAAUACCUCGUGCGGAGAUCAGUUGAUUCGCCUGACGACCCAGAAGAGGCUCUGUUCUCAGGGCAUGCUUUGAUGGCUUCUUGUCCACCUCCCAGCCACAUCGCGCGAGUCCCAGCACAGGAGGGAGGUCUGAUACCUACCUACGAUCAUAAGGUCCCCGAUACAGAAUCGGUGCAGAUCCUGAACAACUUAUUGAACUUGAGUCAAUCACUAAGGGGAAGCGCCAUCCCAAGUGGACAGGUCACCCCCAUCAUGGCCCUUCAAUCCCUCAAGGGCCAUCGAAAUUACGCAACUCUAACCAGAGACGAUGUCAUAGGGAUGAUCGACUCUAUCAAGAGUAAGGUCCGCUGCUACGGUUUCGGCGCGGUCAUGGAAGACUUCGAGCUUCGCGAUGCGCUCUCCAGCAUAUUUGCGACGAAACCCGAAACUUAUGAUCAGUUUGGCAGCGAUCUUACAGCCGAAAUCGAUGAGAUGUAUUCGUGA